AGCAAGCAGAGAGAGCGAGAAGAGAGAGAAGGGUUGCCUGGUUGCCUUAACGGGCUCAGUUCGGGGAAAUAGCACAACAGAUUGCGCUUUUAAACAGCCUACGCCGAUAUGUAUUCUUCAGUUUCUGGUGCAUUAAACGCGAAAUCAGAAACCAACACCCACUCGGUUAACGUCAAUAAUAAUCGGUAAGGAAUAUUCGCAGAGUGAGAUGGACGAGUCGUCUCUGUUGGAUUUGCUGGAGUGUUCAGUGUGUUUGGAAAGGCUGGACACUACAGCUAAAGUCCUGCCUUGCCAACACACCUUCUGUCGCCGCUGCUUGGAGAACAUAGUCAGCUCCAGAAACGAACUGAGAUGUCCCGAAUGUCGCAUCCUAGUCGGCUGUGAGGUGGACGACCUCCCCGCGAAUAUCUUGCUGGUCCGCCUGCUGGACGGGAUCAAACAGCGGCCACGGAAUGCAGGCAGUACCAGGCAGUCCCAGGUGGGGGGCGGAGAGUCAUUGGGUUGUGCAGCCGGGAUCAGCGUCUCUCCCCCGGGCAGUGGGAUCAGGGACCUGCCGGUGGCCACAAGGAGCUCCCCCGUCAAGAGUGUCCCAGCCCUGCCCUGUGGGAAGGCUCUCUACUCCUACGAGGGGAAGGAACCCGGAGACCUGCAGUUCGCUAAAGGUGACAUCGUCAUCCUGCGACGUAAAGUCGACGACAACUGGUACCACGGAGAGCUGAAUGGUUGUCACGGUUUCCUUCCAGCUAGUUACAUCGUGUUGUUGCGGCCGCUGAGCCAAACUCCACCAACAGGAAAGGCCCUGUAUGACUUUGAGGUGAAAGACAAAGACCAGGACAAAGACUGCCUGGCAUUCUCGAAGGAUGAGGUUCUGACAGUGAUCAGACGAGUGGAUGACAACUGGGCAGAGGGCAUGCUGGGAGAUAAGAUCGGGAUCUUCCCCAUCCUCUAUGUAGAGCUAAAUGAAACAGCCAAACAGUUGAUGGAGAUUGACAAGCCGACACCCAAUCCCAUCCCUGGCCCCAGCUCUGACCCGCCCCCCGGCCUCCCAUUGGGUCCCUGCUCCUCUGGCCCCGCCCCUAACCCAUCCUCUCCAGGAAGCAGCAAUGGCGCCCUCCAGAGGCGAGGGGAGGAGAGGAGAGGAGGAGAGGAGAGGAAAGGAGGAGAGGGGAAGAAGAAUGCUAAGAAGCGCCACUCGUUCACAGCUCUGAGUGUGACCCAGCGGACAGCACAGCUCAACAACAGACACAGUAUGGAGAUCUCCCACCCUGUCCUCAUCAGCUCCUCUGACCCCAGGGCUGCUGCACGGAUACAGGACUCUCCCCCCGGUCCCACUCCCUCCUCAGUAGGGGUUCUGGUUCCACCCAGAGUGGCUUCAGUCACCUCAGAACUGCUGGCUCAAGCCAAGGUCCAACUACCACUCAACAUCUACCUGGCCCUGUAUGCGUAUAAGCCCCAGAAGGCAGAUGAGUUGGAGCUGAGGAAAGGAGAGAUGUACCGUGUCACAGAGAAGUGUCAGGACGGCUGGUUUAAAGGGACCUCUCUACGCACCGCUGCUUCCGGAGUCUUCCCUGGAAACUACGUCACCCCCGUGUCACGAGCUCCGUUUGCGGUGGGUGGUUCGCGGAACUCCUGUCUCUCAGGGCAGGUGGGAGGGGCGGGACAGGGGAGUAAGGCAGCCUCCCCCUCCUCCUCGCGUCCCUCACCUCCCCCUUCCUCCCCACAGUCUGCCGCUGCUCAGCUGAAGAACUGCCUUCGCUCUGGACAACAAACAGUUAACCAGGCCCGCUCUGCCAUGCAACUGGUCCACAGCCCGCCCGCCAGUAGCCCAGAGCGUCCCACAGCGGCCAUCUCUCCUCUCCGACAUCAGAACUCCUCCUCCUCGCGCUGCGCUGGCCAAUCGGCUCGCCCAAUGUCCAUGGUGUCCCCCGGCCCUUCCCCCCUCUCCUCCCCUGCCUCGCGCCCCCUCUCCUGCCUCUCCUCCCCUCUCCUUCCCCGUUCCUCUCCCCUCUCCUGCCUUACCCCUCCCAACGCCAGUGCUGCCCUGCUCAAUGGAGAAUCAACCAAUCCAUUCCAGCCACCCUCACCUGGCCCCUCCCACAGCAACGCACAGGGGGCAGUCCCCCCAAAACCAGAGAAGAAAGAGAAGAAAGGAGGUCUGCUAAAGCUUCUCUCGGGAGCCGCGGCCAAGAAGAAGUCCUCUCGCUCUCCCCCGUCCUCCCCCCCGACCCUCCCCCUGUCGGGUGCCGUCCUCCCACAUCACACCCGCUCUGGUUCCUGUCCUAUGGAAGCUCAGGGGCGUGCCGGGUCUUGUCCAAUUGAGAGUGAGAUGGUGGGGGCCAUGGGAUUAGAGCCUCUGCACAGGAAGUCAGGAUCCCUCGACCUCAACUUCCCCCGGUCGCCCCCGACGCCCCGCACCGGAAACUCACUGCUGGCCCUCCGACCUGAACCAAAACCCCUGUCCAGAGAGAGGUAUCGUGUGGUUGUGCCCUACCCCCCUCAGAGCGAGGCAGAGAUCGAGCUGAGAGAGGGAGAUGUGGUGUUUGUUCAUAAGAAGAGAGAAGAUGGCUGGUACAAAGGCACUCUGCAGAGGACUGGACGCACUGGGCUCUUCCCGGCAGCUUUGUAGAAAUCUUCUGAACAGGAUCGCUACACACACACACACACACACACACACACACACACACACACACACACACACACACACACACACACACACACACAGAGCAUACAGUUGAAGUCGGAAGUUUACAUACACUUAGGUUGGAGUCAUUAAAACUUGUUUUUGAACCACUCCACAAAUUUCUUGUUAACAAACUAUAGUCUGUUGUGUCAUUUACAAAGUAGAUGUCCUGUCAUUUUUCCAACAAUUGUUUACAGACAGAUUAAUUUCACUUAUAAUUCACUGUAUCACAAUUCCAGUGGGUCAGAAGUUUACAUACACUACGUUGACUUUGCCUUUAAACAGCUAGGAAAAUACCAGAAAAUGAUGUCAUGGCCGUUAGAAGCUUCUGAUGGGCUAAUUGACAUAAUUUGAGUCAAUUGGAGGUGUACCUGAAUGUAUUUCAAGGCCUACCUUCAAACUCAGUGCCUCUUUGCUUGACAUCAUUGGAAAAUCAACAAAAAUCAGCCAAGACCUCAGAAAAUUGUAGACCUCCACAAGUCUGAUUGAUCCUUGGGAGCAAUUUCCAAAUGCCUGAAAGUACCACGUUCAUCUGUACAAACAAUAGUACGCAAGUAUAAACACCAUGGGACCACGCAGACGUCAUACCACUCAGGAAGGAGACACAUUCUGUCUCCUAGAGAUGAACGCACUUUGGUGCGAAAAGUGCAAAUCAAUCCCAGAACAACAGCAAAGGACCUUGUGAAGGAGGAAACAUGUACAAAAGUAUCUAUAUCCACAGUAAAACGAGUCCUAUAUCAACAUCACCUGAAAGGCCACACAGCAAGGAAUAAGCCACUACUCCAAAACCUCCAUAAAAAAGCCAGACUACCGUUUGCAACUGUACAUGGGGACAAAGAUCGUACUUUUUGGAGAAAUGUCCUCUGGUCUGAUGAAACAAAAAUAGAACUGUUUGGCCAUAAUGACCAUCGUUAUGUUUGGAGGAAAAAGGAGGAUGCUUGCAAGCAGAAGAACACCAUCCCAACCGUGAAGCACGGUGAUGGCAGCAUCAUGUUGUGGGGGUGCUUUGCUGCAGGAGGGACUGGUGCUCUUCACAAAAUAGAUAGCAUCAUGAGGAAAGGAAAAUUAUGUGGAUAUAUUGAAGCAACAUUUCAAGACAUCAGUCAGGAAGGUAAAGCUUGGUCGCAAAUGGGUCUUCCAAAUGGUCAAUGACCCCAAGCAUACUUCCACAUUUGUGGCAACAUGGUUUAAGGACAACAAAGUCAAGGUAUUGAAGUGGCCAUCACAAAGCCCUGACCUCAAUCCUGUAGAAAAUAUGUGGGCAGAACUGAUAAAGCGUGUGCGAGCAAGUCCUACAAACCUGACUCAGUUACACCAGCUCUGUCAGGAGGAAUGGAACAAAACUCAUCCAAGUUAUUGUGGGAAGCUUGUGGAAGGCUACCCGCAACGUUUGACCCAAGUUAAACAAUUUAAAGGCAAUGCUACCAAAUAGUAAUUGAGUGUAUGUAAACUUCUGACCCACUGGGAAUGUGAUGAAAGAAAUAAAAGCUGAAAUAAAUCAUUCUCUCCACUAUUAUUCUGACAUUUCACAUUCUUAAUAUGAAGUGGUGAUCUAAUUGACCUAAGACAGGGAUUUUUUACUAGGAUUAAAUGUCAGGGAUUGUGAAAAACUGAGUUUAAAUGUAUUUGGCUAAGGUGUAUGUAAACUUCUGACAUCAACUGUAUGUUUUACUAUCCUUGUGGGGACCUAAAAUUGAUUUCCAUUCAAAAUCCUACUUUCCCUAACCCUAACACCAAACCUAACCCUUACCCUAACCUUAACCCCUAACCCUAACCCUGAUUGUAACCCUAACCCUAAACCUAACCUCUACGCCUAAAAUAGCCUUUGUCUUCGUAAGGACCUGGGAAAUGUCCCCAUGGGGGAUAAUUUUCCUUUUUUACUAUCCUUGUGAGGAUUUCCGGUACCCACAAGGAUAGUAAUACCCACACACACAUAACACAACACACACCGCCACCCCAGCUCCAACCAGCCUCAAAGGAGCAGGGGCCUUUAUCCACGCAGGCACUCCCAGGACAGCUAUGGGAGGGGUCCUUCAUCAACCUCAUCAAUGACUUAUGAUGUUGACAUCAUCAGGCGGUGCAUAGUAUUUUUCUACUGCAUCAAUGUGUAUAUGCUCUAAACAUGAGUGUCCAUAUGAAUGUGUGGUAUGGCUAGAGACAGGCCGGACUGGUUACAGAAGCACCUAAAGACCCUGGCUUACCUUAUACUUGUUCCUUCUGGUCGGUGUGUGUGUGUCUGUGUGUCUGUGUGUGUAUGUGUGUGUUUAUGUGUGUUUAUGUGUGUGUGUGUGCGCGUGUGCGUGUGAGUGCAUGCGCGUGUGACCAGCAGUGGUUAAUACCAGCCAUGUGGCAGCUCAACAACGGGACAGAAAGCACACCAAUGGUCUCAAAUGGUCUUAAACAUACCUCACGUCUGGCAAGCUACAUCAAACCUCCUAUUUCACUGGCGAAGCACACAACAGUACUCCUCUUUCAUUGGCUUAGCACACAAUGGUGGUCCUUUUUUAUUGGCUAAGCACACAACAGUACUCCUCUUUCAUUGGCUAAGCACACAAUGGUGGUCCUUUUUUAUUGGCUAAGCACACAGCAGUAUUCCUCUCUCAUUGGUUAAGCACAUAACAGUGGUCCACUCCUAUCUAUGCACACAACUACUGUUUCAUUGACUCAGCAAAAAAAACAGCUGUUCAACAACAGAAGUAGGAUCAACUGGUUUAGAAGAGUAAAGCAGAUAAGUCUACAGGUCAGGAAGACAUAGUGAAACAGAAGCACACAGAGUUAGGAAGGCCAGAACAAGUUGGCUACAGCACAGAUGAGACUAGAUCUACAAUAGACAGACAGUACACUCCGUCUCAGCACAAAGCACACCCUUGUGUGAGACCAUCUGGUUCUGAUUCGAGUAGCAGCAGCCGGGGAGUCUGGGUAAUCCACGAGUUGGGUGACAGACAGAUGACUUUAAACACCCAAAGAUUCAGAUGAGAUUAGAGUCUUUCCAUCAAGCCCUGAUACACACACACAUACACAACAACACACACACUGUGAUGUGAAAGGACUGGAUGGGUCCCAGUCCCUCCCCUCCUCCCCCUCAGAGAGAGAAUAGAGUGAAACCCGGUCCAGAAGCAACCCUUAGCCCCAGAUGAACCAGCUGUAACCCUGUUUCUACUGAACCCAAAAUGCCAGCCUGUUUGUCUGUUUCUACUAUUUGUCUGUGGAUCGAAAUCACCUCCUUGUUGGAGAUGCAGCACUUCCACAUGAUUCAGUCACCACACAGCACCCAUCUUGCUAUUCCUGCUCCCCAGUGUUCCCAUGAGUCAGUGUGUUCAGGUCAACUGUCUUUCU